AUGAGAGAAAUUGUUCAUGUACAAGUUGGUAGAUGUGGUAACCAAAUUGGUUCGAAGUUUUGGGAGGUGAUAUCAGAUGAGCAUGGAAUAGAUCCAAAUGGUUGCUACUCUGGGGAUUCUGAUCUUCAGUUGGAGCGUAUCAACGUGUAUUACAAUGAAGGUGCUGGUGGCAAAUAUGUGCCGAGAGCCGUUUUAGUUGAUUUAGAACCUGGUACCAUGGACUCCUUACGAUCCGGCCCAUACGGUCAGAUCUUUCGUCCUGAUAAUAUUGUCUACGGCAGCACUGGUGCAGGCAAUAACUAUGCUAAGGGAUACUUCACAGAAGGAGCAGAUUUGCUCGAUUCCGUCCUUGACGUUGUUAGAAAAGAAGCCGAAGGCUGCGACUGUUUACAAGGAUUCCAAGUUGUCCAUUCAAUUGGAGGAGGCACUGGAUCUGGAUUAGGAACCUUAAUACUGUCCCAAUUGAGAGACGAAUACCCUGACAGGAUUAUUCUAACUUUCUCUGUUGUUCCUAGUCCUAAAGUUUCGGAUACUGUUGUAGAGCCAUACAAUGCUACAUUGGCAUUGAAUCAACUUAUAGAAAAUUCUGAUGAAUCCUUCUGUAUUGAUAAUGAAGCUUUAUAUGAUAUUUGUUUUAGGACACUUCGGUUACAGACACCAACUUAUGGCGACUUAAAUCAUUUAGUUUCAGCAACGAUGUCCGGUGUUACAACUUGUUUAAGAUUUCCCGGACAGCUGAACGCUGAUUUGCGAAAACUGGCAGUUAAUAUGGUUCCAUUUCCGCGGUUACAUUUCUUCAUGCCCGGUUUUGCGCCGCUUACGUCUAGAGGAGUCCAAAAAUAUCGAGCACUCACCGUCCCAGAACUUACACAGCAGAUGUUUGAUGCCAAAAAUAUGAUGGCAGCAUGUGAUCCACGCCACGGGAGAUAUCUAACCGUAGCUGCGGUCUUCAGAGGCAGAAUGUCCAUGAAAGAAGUUGAUGAACAAAUGCUGAAUAUUCAAAAUAAGAAUAAGGAUUACUUUGUUGAAUGGAUACCCAGUAAUGUUAAGACCGCUGUUUGCGAUAUACCUCCGAGAGGUCUUAAAAUGUCUGCAACGUUCAUAGGCAAUACCACAGCUAUUCAGGAAUUAUUUAAACGAAUUGCUGAGCAGUUUUCUUCUAUGUUUCGAAGGAAAGCUUUUGUACACUGGUAUACAGGUGAAGGUAUGGAUGAAGCCGAUUUUACGGAAGCGGAUAAUAACCUUAGUGAUUUGAUAUCCGAAUACCAGCAGUAUCAAGACGCCACUAUUGAAGACCAAGAGUUUGAGGAAGAGGAAACAACAGUCCCUAAUGAUGGAAGUGACGAAUAA